AUGGCCAUAAUAGAUCCACAUGACAACUUGAUGAAUCAGUUCCUGAAUGAACAGGAACCAACUGCUCCCCCAGUGGAUGUAAUAGAUCCACACAACAACUUGAUGAAUUGGUUCCUGAAUGAAUGGGAACCAACUGCUCCCCCAGUGGAUGGUAUGAAUGUGGAUCUACUUGGGCAAUUGCUGAAUGCAUGGGAACCAUCAGCACUGCCAGUCACACAUGAGAAAUUAAACAGGAUGGACAGGUCUUCAACACCUGCACAAGACAUUACUAUGCAGGUGAACUUCCAUCUGCACAGCAAUCUCUUCAAAUGGAACAAUGGGGAUUGGCACCUGUUUUGCAUUGCAAUCAAGUCCUGCACACCUUACAUGCCAUGGCACCUUGUGUGGGCUGUGAAUGCCAUUGCAAGAGAAUUGGGCACAGCUGCAAGGGACCAGUAUGGUGCAGCCUCUCAGGGUCUUCAACUCAUCAAUAUGCUCAAUUUGAUGGAAGUCGUUCAUUAUCUGUGUUCUGCCUUUGAAAAUUGUCCUGAGCCAUUCAUCACCAGCCAAUCACACCCAUCUUGCCAGUCUGUGGUAGAGAUGGGUAUCCUCUACUUGGCAUGCCAGAUCAAGGUGGCCUCUGUACAUCUGAAGCAGACUGCUGAUAUUGCAGGAUGGCCCACACAUUGGUUUGCAAACCUAGCAAUGGACUUGAAUCAGCUUAAUAGCUUGAUUCUGGUGACAGUGUUGCAUGCCAGUUAUACUCCUCCCCUUCCAGCAUGCUACCAUGUGUACCUCAGACACCAAGAUGAUGAGCUAAUUCCCCUUAGCACAUUUUGCAUAAUCAACAAUAUCAGUGCCAUUGUCCUGCAUUGGACCCCACAUGCAGCUGAUCCCAAUUCCAGCUUUGCAUUCCCUUGGUGGCUAUAUCAUUCCAAGGAAUACACAGCAGAUUCCCAAAGAUUGCAAGGCAAGGGAUUGUUUUCCAUGGCCUGGGAUUUUUUUAAGUUGAUGAUGGCCCAGGGCUUAUGGCCAUUGCCUGAGGCACCAAUCGCAGACCAUCUUGAUGGCCAUAUCAAGGAGCAGGUAAACUACUGCAUCAAAAAUAUUUGGAAAUAUGCUGAUGUUGUCAACAGUUGGGGUCAACAAAUUGACCAUUUCUAUGCUAGGUGGUGGGCAUUGCACAGGUUGUUGGGCAUGCCACUUCAAUAG